CUCAGACAGGCGUCAUCUCUCCGAGAUCCUCUCUGGAGUUGUGGCGAUUUUCUACCGGACUGCGAUUCAUUUGACGUGGACAUCAGGUUAAAGAACGGUUUCAUUUAUACACCAGCUGAAUAUUAUCAGACGAAUAACCCAAGAUGCCUGGUCCAGCAGCAAGUGCUACCAAUGUCGGGGCCUCCAGCCGCUCACCCAGCAAGACUGUAGCUCCCCGGGCGGCCGGGUCCACAGUCAGACAACGGAAAGCGACGAGCAGCGGAACUCGUAGCGCUGGCAGGACCACAGCAUCAGCAGGAACAGGGGGCAUGUGGCGCUUCUACACUGAAGAUUCACCAGGACUCAAAGUAGGUCCUGUCCCUGUUCUGGUGAUGAGCCUGCUCUUCAUUGCGUCUGUGUUCAUGCUGCACAUCUGGGGGAAGUACACCCGCUCCUAACCUCUGACCCCUCCUGUUCGGCCUCUUAACCCUAACCUGGACCAAACCAGCAGAACAACGACCCUCGUCCACCCUCCAACACUUACACUAACUGUUUCUAUGCAUCUCAACAGCAGAUAUAUAUCUGUAGUGAUGGUGUUGGUUUUUGGUAUUUUCCUUGUUGCAUUGUCCCUUUCAAUGUUCAUUUGGAGGAAGUCCCACUAGACUGUAACCUUGCAGCCCCCUCCAGUGGAAGUGUGUCUGGGCCCGCUCACCCCCUCUGCUGUGUGGGUUAGGGGGCUGUUAGUAGACACCACCACCACCACAUUUAUCUCCUGCCGGAAUUAGGACAUGAAGAUUUUUUUUUUUUUUUUUACAUCAUUUGUACACAAAUGUUAUUGUGAUAUUGCACAAUAAAAAUUAACUCAAGUA